UCUCGCGGUUUGAAAAUUUCAAGCCACGCUCGGCUCGCGAUGUUUUAUCUCCAAUCAACUCAUACCUCCUCCGCCCUCUCCGGUACUCUUUCCGGCGUUUGUCCGCCCUCACUCCGUCGAUCAAUUGAGCUCGAGAGCUACGUUUAUGCUGUGCCAUGCACCAACCACCAUGGCCCAAGGGUACCAUUGUUCCAUAGUGCAUUGUUCACCAUAAGUAACAAUAUCCGCACCACCUCUACUCGGCCAAAGCGGAAGUCCAAUGGAGGAGGGUCCACAAUAGAGGUAGACGAGCUUGUGCGGGUGCUAUUGCGAAAGGUUGGUGAUGAGAAGUUCCCUUUGGUGACCACACUCAACAAGUAUGUAAGGACUGUGAGAACAGAGCAUUGCUUCCUUCUCUUCGAGGAGCUGGGGAGGCAAGACAAGUGGCUGCAGUGUCUUGAGGUGUUCAGAUGGAUGCAAAAGCAAAGAUGGUACAUUGCAGACAAUGGCAUCUACUCAAAACUAAUAUCAGUUAUGGGCAAGAAAGGCCAAACAAGAAUGGCUAUGUGGCUUUUCUCCGAAAUGCGAAACAGUGGAUGCAAACCAGACACUUCAGUCUACAAUUCAUUGAUUACUGCUCAUCUCCAUUCUCGUGACAAAUCAAAAGCUUUAAGCAAAGCCUAUGGCUAUUUUGAGAAGAUGAAAGGCUUGAAUGAGAGAUGCCAACCAAACAUAGUAACAUACAACAUCCUUCUAAGAGCUUUUGCUCAAGCUGGAGAUCUGAAGCAAGUAGAUACUAUCUUUAAAGAUCUUGAUUCAAGCUUCAUAUCACCCGACAUAUAUACUUACAAUGGCAUCAUGGACGCGUACGGCAAGAACGGAAUGCUACGAGAAAUGGAAACGAUUCUUCUUCGAAUGAAGAGCAAUCAAUGCAAACCCGACACAAUAACAUACAAUCUUCUCAUUGAUUCAUAUGGAAGGAAACAAGCAUUUGCGAAGAUGGAGCAAGUAUUUAAGAGUUUGUUGCGCUCGAAGGCGAAACCGACUCUCCCGACUUUCAAUUCUAUGAUAUCGAAUUACGGGAAAGCGAGGCUCAAGGACAAGGCUGAAUCUGUUUUCAGAAAGAUGAAUGAUUUAGGCUUCAAACCAAGUUAUGUCACUUAUGAAUGUUUGAUAACAACAUAUGGUUACUGUGAUUGUGUUUCCAGUGCUAGAGAAAUAUUUGAUGAUGUUAUGGGAAAUCAGAAGCAUUUGCAGGUUUCUACUCUGAAUGCAAUGCUUGAUGUGUAUUGCAUGAAUGGUUUGCCUUUUGAAGCAGAUAAGCUUUUAGAAGUUGCUGAUAGGAAAGGCUUUGUUCCUAAUGUUUCAACUUAUAAGCUGCUUUACAAGGCAUACACUAAAGCUAACAUAGAGGAACUGGUUCAUAAACUGCUCAAGAGAAUGGAUCAAAAGGGUAUUGUUCCUAACAAGAAGUUUUUUUUGGGGGCUGUGGAAGCUUUGGGUUCAGUUCAGAUGAGUUCUUAGGGUUUGCAUUGUAUAUUCAGAAAACUUUUUUUUUUUUUGGCCAUUAGAUUUUGAGAAUUUGGCUCUUUUUAAUCUUCAUUGUUGUAAUUUUAUACAUAAGUUAGCCUAUUUUUAGUAGGUUUUUAUUUGUUUUUCUCAA